AUGAGUUCGAAUGGUCUAGAUGCCUCCACACGCAUCGUAGUUGCUGCAUUUUGGUUUGUAGUUCUUUUGGGCGUGCCAUUCUGGUGGAAGACAACCGAAGUAUAUCGAGCUAGUCUUCCAUUAGCAGAAAUUGACACAUGGCAAACAUGGCAGGCAAGCAAUAAAAAACUCAAUAAAUUAGUUGAGAAUUCUUCAAACUUUAUAUGCAUAUCAGCAGAAAUCUGCAAGCUAUCAUUGCCGACUACAUUUACCAUACAUCUCCCGUCGCCUUGGAGCUACUCUCCAUCCGAGUUGGAGAACCAAUUACACGUGAUUCAACGUGACCUUUCUACAGUUGAAGACGAAUCUUCUUGUGUGAAUUUCCCUUUAAUCUUAAAUGGCGUACCAUGGGAAAUGCCUACUAGCUGGAGAGACAAUCUUGAGGCGAUAUUUUCGGAAAACAAAGAUGCACCGACAGGCACUUAUCAUAUUUACAUUGGCCCCAGCCAGCUUGAAACACCCUAUGAGUAUAGCAUUAUAAUUGGCGUUCACCGAUCUCAUAUAUUACAAAUGAAUGAUAUUACACCAGAAACUAUUGACGGUGCUUUGCGUACAUUGCUGCCUCUGAUAUUCUUAAAGGACCAAGAUAGUCUGUCUCAAAUGGCUUGCAAGGGUGCUGAGAGUGACAAGUAUGACAUGAAUAGCAUAAGAACCCUCAAGUAUUCUCCUAGAUACCAAGUAACAUUUAGUUUGAUGAAUAACGAUCCUCGUGGUAUCUCUGUUGACUGGAAUAUUCGAGAUUCAAUGAAGAGUAAGCUUAUGCAGCACUACGCGUCCUUGUCUAUGAAACCCCAGUUCAAGAACCGAGCAGACAAGCCAAGCUACUAUUACUUUAAUCCUGAACAUCUUCCUCAUUUUGUCAAUUCUGCUGAAUGGAAUCUUGCAUCUACCAUAUCAUCAUAUCCAACUAUCAACCUUAUUCUGUAUGUACCUUCUCCUGAAGAAACUCCUCUUCGUAUUCAUGACUCAAAAGAGCAACCAUUGUUGACCAAUGCAUUUUUGAUUCCUCGAUGGGGAGGAGUGGUUAUAAAAAAUCCUUCCAAAAAAGCUUUGGCCGAAAAACAACUUAAUUUUACAAAGAAAGACCUGCAACCCAUCAUGAAAAUAUUUGUUGCUCAGCUUAGAAGCUUGAUGGGUAUUCCUAAUAUCAAUAGUAUGGCAGAUAAAAUGCCAUCUACUGUCAACGCUACAUUUAUGUCAUCUCCAAUUACUGGUAUUACAACUCUUGAAAAAGAUCAAUUGAUUCGUCACAGAACUGUAGAAAACAUGGUAAAUGCUAUUGCUACUCUUCAUUCACUCCAGCAACUUGUUACCGAAAUCCCAAAGAUGGUAGUCUUGGAUCACAUUGCUCUUCAGGUUCAGCAAUCUUUGAAUGCUUUGCAGCUUGCGUGCGACGUUCUUUCACAGGGUAAAUACACACCUGCUCUUCAAUACUCAAUUGAGGCUAUUGAAUUGUCAGAAAAAGCAUUUUUUGAUCCUACUAUGGUGUCGAUGCUUUAUUUUCCAGACGAGCACAAGUACGCCAUUUAUAUGCCACUCUUUGUACCGAUCUCUGUUCCUUUGGUAAUGGCUUUAUUGAAGGAAGUGAAGAAUAUAUCAAAGCAAAGAAAGGAAAAGCGAAACUUGAAAGUUGAAUAG